GACAAUCAUAAUUCGUAUUUGAUUUUUGAGCCCGAUUGAAAAUAGUAGAUAAUGAAUAAAAUAAUUUUUUUUAAUAUAAUGAAUGAAUGAAUAGAUAAAUGAAGGAAUAAAUAAGUGUAUAAGUACCCUUUUUAUAUGCAUACAUAUAUUUAUCGACGUCGGUAACAGAGUAUUUAGUGAAAUCAAAUCAAUCAGGAUCGGAAAUUUCAGUGUUUACACGUUCAACUUCCGGUCUAUUUAGCCGAAGAUUAGCAACUUUACAAGCUUUUCAGGCCCUUCAUUUAUUCGAAAUGAUAUUUGUAAAAUGAUAUUUUAUUGGUGCACAUUUAUGUGAGGGCUAUAAUGAUUGAAGGGGCGCCCCGUCAUAACCAAAUGACAACCAUCCUUGGAUUUGACGAUUACAGCAAUGGAAAAGAGAACAAAAAGAGGCAAUCCUUAAUCAGGGUGUGGAAGAGAUUGUCCAGUUUGCAAAGAAGCGUGAUAUGUUUUGUGUUACUACUAGGAGGAAUAAGUGCGUUAUACAUAGUGAAUUCGGUACGUCAGGGCCGUACAGGAAGAUGGACACAGGAUGGACCUAGAGAACUCGCUGACUUCCUGGACUCCAAGGAAAGACAAAAGAUGGAGCAAGAGAAACGAGAAUAUAUUCAGAAAAUGAAGGAGAAACAUGCUCAACAGCAGGUCAUGGAAAUCGUGAAAAAGAACAAAGAAAAUACAAAGAGGAAGAAAGGGCCACCAUCAGGGAAUAGAGGAGCUAAGUUAGGCCAGGGGGCAGACAUGGAUCAAAUACCCGACGAGAAAGAGCGACAAUUGGUAAGGGACGAGCGGUAUCCCCAUGGGAACGAGGAUGAGGAUAAUGACAAAGACGACAAUGUUGAUGGGCAUUUAAAUUUGCCUCCAAAGUCUGCAGGUGAUGAUUUAGUUGUGGAUCAAGCAAGUGAUGGAACAUAUGACUAUUUUGAUCCUCAGAGACAGUAUUCAGAAAAGCAAAAAGCAAUUCAAGAUGCCUUUAAAUUUGCCUGGAAGGGAUAUAAACAGCAUGCGUGGGGCCAUGAUGAAUACCAUCCAAUCAGCAAGAGUCAUUCUGAGUGGUUCGGUGUGGGUCUUACCAUUGUAGAUUCCAUUGAUACAGCUAUCAUCAUGGGACUUAAAGAUGAGUAUUUGGAGGCCAGAGAAUGGGUAGACAAGUCCUUGACUUUUGACAAGAAUAAAGAUGUAAAUUUAUUUGAGAUCACCAUUCGUGCACUGGGAGGUCUGCUCUCUGCUUAUCACCUGACAAAGGAUGAGGUGUUUAAAACCAAGGCUAGAGACUUGGGGAAUCGACUUUUGCCGUGUUUCAAAUCACCAUCCAAAGUUCCGUUCUCUGAUGUGAACUUGAGGACCGGCAAUGCUCACCCUCCUAGAUGGGGCCCUGACAGCAGCACCUCAGAGGUGACUACUAUACAGCUGGAAUUCAGAGACCUCAGCAGAGUCACAAAGGAUACCCGAUAUGAGCAUGCAAUAGAUGUAGUGUCCGAGCAUGUUCACAGUCUACCUAAGACCGAUGGGUUAGUGCCAAUCUUCAUCAACGCUAACACAGGAUCUUUCCGAAAUUCAGCCACCAUAACGUUUGGUGCCCGAGGAGACAGUUACUAUGAGUAUUUGUUGAAGCAGUGGAUACAGACAGGCAAAAAGAAGGAUUAUUUGAAAAAAGAUUAUAUGGCUGCAGUAGGGGGCAUUAAAGCUCAUUUACUGAGAGAAUCAGAACCUAAUAAACUCCUGUACAUUGGUGAACUACUGGGAGGGAGGUCAUUUAGUCCAAAAAUGGAUCAUCUAGUGUGUUUUAUGCCUGGAACCUUGGCUUUGGGGUAUCAGAAUGGCCUUCCACAAGAUCACAUGGAGAUAGCUAUCAAAUUAACCAGAACUUGCUAUGAAAUGUACAACAAAAUGCCAACCAAACUCAGUCCAGAAAUUGUUUAUUUUAAUCAAGCUCCAGGAUCUAGUGAUGAUCUUAUUGUUAAACCACUGGAUGCCCACAACCUAUUGCGCCCAGAAACAGUGGAGAGCUUGUUUUACAUGUAUCGGUUUACACGGGACAAGAAGUACAGAGAGUGGGGCUGGCAAAUCUUCUUGGCCUUCAUGAAAUACACCAAGAUUGACGGAGCAGGUUUCUCCUCCAUAAAUAAUGUCAAGAGUCCAAGUAACCCAGGAUACAAAGAUAAAUUAGAAAGCUUCUUUCUUGCAGAGACACUCAAAUAUCUCUUCUUGUUAUUCAGUGAUGAUCCAAAACUUAUUCCUCUGGACAAGUUUGUGUUCAACAGUGAGGCUCAUCCCCUGCCAAUUUACACCGAGUAGUUCAAGUUUGAUGAGUAGAAUGAAUAUGUGUGUGUGUGGUUAAAAAUACAUUGAUUUUGUAGUACAUGUGUACAAGAUGUAGUGAUUUUCUAGGAGUAACUCCUGGGGAGUGUGUGGAUGAUAUACUAUGUGAUAGUAGAAUGAAGACACAACCCUGAAUUUGCUCAUUACUGAUAUGAACUAAUUUAUUUCUGCGAUUUCAAGAGAUUUAUCAACGAGACAUUUUCCCAAUCAUUCAUUUUAUCUAUUUCUAUGUAUAACAGUAGACAUAAUAUUUUCCUUUUUGUACAAAUUUUGUGAUGUCCAUUGUCUUAUAAGAAAACAGACAUCAGUACCAGCAUACCUAAAAUUCAAGUACAUUCUUAUUUCAAGUCUAAAGAAGAAGCGUUUUGCAUAAGCAAAGGUACAUAUAAAUAAGUGAAUCCACAAUAUUUCUUGUGCAUGUAAUGUAUGUUAAAAUAGCAAGAACAGAAAUAUUUGUAAUAUGCAACUAAAUUCAAACAUACUUCAAAAUUAGUUGACUUGACCAAAUUGGGAUACCUUAAUCAAUAUGUGAUUUGCUUGUGUCGAACACAAUCUAUGAUAAUCACCAAUACCUACAAUGUAGUUCAAAGCACAAGAAUGCACACAAAUAAUUUAAAGGCAAUAAUGAUAAUUGCUUUGAAAGUGUAUACUGGGGUGGGUGAUAAUUACAGUUAAUGAAAAGCAAUUAAAGUAAGUUUGUUAAAAUGGCCAUGAAUAUAAUUCAUUCUGAAUCCUGUAUAGAUAAGUUUAGAUAGGCAUGAUGAAAUGCUCAAAAAUGAUUAUUUUCACCACUUACAAAUCUGCAGAAUUAUACACACUUCCCUGAAACUACGAGUACAUGUGUGACCCUACAAACAAAAGUCUAUCUACAGUAUACUAUUACACAUCUUGACAGUCAACAGGGAAUAGAGCAUCACCUUUGGCUAGCAAAGAUGACUAUUACAGUACUGAACUAAAUCACAGAAUAGCUCUAACUUAUUAAUGAUCCUAGAUGAUUGUGCAAUUCUAUAUCGGAUUUUAUCUGAAUUGUUUAUGAAUUUUGUUCGUAAAUAUUUUUUGUCUCUGUUUAUAUUAUUAGUUUAUAAACACUAGUAGUAGUUGGGGUGUACAGAAAAAAAUUAUUUUGUAUCUCCAUCUGUAAAUUUUUUGCUAAUAUUCAUGUCCCGUUGUGAAUAAGAGGGGCAUUUGUAUUUGUGAAUUGGGUGUUCAACAGUCCAGCUGAUUACUUGUAAAACCCUUUAAUUGAUAUUGACGAAAACUUCAUAGGCAGAUUGAAUCUUAGGUCAAAGGUCAUGCAGUUUUCUAUGAUCCUUACACCAAAUGUUGUUCCACUGAUUGAGUUAACUGAUAAUCAUAAACAUGUUAGUCAUUACUAAUAAAAUGAAAUGACUCCGGAUUUACAGAUCUCAAUAGGUCGCCAUUCUUUCUAAUAUGCAUAUCGUAAAAUGCAUAUACAUGUAAUACAUCAAACCAAUGUCUCAUGAUUGAUAUAGCACCUCUACUUGUUAGUCAUCAAACUUCAUAGGCGGACUACUUGUAAUAGAUGGCACCUAUUGAUUUUGAUGUGAAGAUCAAAGGUCACCACAUUUGCAUCAUCUGCUAUACAAACUUUUUUGUUACAUAUUUUGUCAUAUCUAAUAUCUUCAUAUCUAUUUUUUCUGAAUGAUAGAAGAAACAGAAUUCAUGAGAGUGAUGGUGAGUGAGAGAUAUCUGUGUAUAUAUGGAGUUUUGUAAACAGUGAAACAUGCUAGGUGUAUUACCCACAAAGUAUUGGUAAAUGUAAUAUGGUAGCAUGUUUUUACCACGCACAUGCAUAUGAUGACACCCCUGGCUUAUUUUCUAUUGACCAAUUCCUGUCACAGAACAUUUAGGAGUUCAAAUAUGUGUGUACCUAUAUAACUCCUAUAAAUAUAUCUUGGUAUUCUAUAUGCAGGUUGAGUAAGUUUAGGUAUCAUAUGUUGAAUGGCUAUUACAAUACUGUGAUAAUGAUUGAAAUUGUUUGUAUGUUUGUUAUUGAUGUCAAAGAAAAAUAUCCUGAUGCAAUAAGAUAGCAGUUCAACAAAUUAUGGAGAGUUCCUGUGUGCUGUGUGUGUGUUAUAUACAUGUAGUGAAACUGUUUAUUGUAUAUAGUCAUCGUGUAUUAUUUUGAAUCCAGUAGCGAAUCGUUGUGUAUUGUGUUUACUAUUUUGUUUACAUGGUCUUGCUUCACAUUCCUAGUCGAUUACAUUUAUUUCCAAUUUUGAUGUAUUUAAUUGAUAUACUUUGAUGUAAUUGUAGAAUGAUAACAAUUAGUAGCUUAAGAUGUAAUCAUUAUAUAUGUAUUACUACAUGUAAAACAUUCAAUUAAAUUGGUGCCAACAUUUUGUAGCCAACUCAUUGUUACAUUAAUUAUCUCAAUAGUUUCCAUUCUUCCUGGAGUAAAGAUGUAACAGAUAUGGUUUCAGAAAAGAAUGAGUUUGGUAUAAUCAUGUUUUACAGUAAAACGCUGUUGUUUUUCUUAAUAUUUUAAUGGUGAGGUAUUCUCAUUUUAAAUGCUACUAAGAAAAUAUUUAGAGUAUUUAUUAACAAUAUUUAUGACACAUGUACCUCAUGAAAUACUUGUUUCCAUCUCACCCCGAGCAAGGUUGUUGUUUUUUUUCCCCAUAUGCUAUUGUUUUCAUUAAUGUGAAGAGACACUACCAGCAAUAAAUAACCCAAGUCAAAGUCUUUUACAUUUGAUUUAAGGUGUUAUAUUUCUUCUCUGCUAAAAAAUAUUUGGUAUACAUAUAUUGUUGUAUUUAACUUUUCAAUUUAAGAGGGGACCAUCAUUUAGAACUGUAAAGUUGAAUAAUAUUGUUUUUGACAGAGAACAUUUACUUUACAAAGAGCCAUGAGAAAUUCAGAAAUUGUAAGGGAUCUUUAUUCUGUGGUCUUUGAGUGGUUCUUUUCUAGGGGUAACAAUUAUUCUUAACAUAACAAUACAGAGAAGUCGCAAUGCCAUUGAUAUUCUGUAUUAAAACAGGAGAGGGACUAGUGAGUUGUUAGAACUUGUUCCCAAUCCUCUUGAUUUAUUCAGUAAAAAAUGUUGAAAACAAAACACUGUAUUAAAGUGAAAUAUACAUGUAUUCAGAUGACUAGGAUUUGAAUUUCUAUUAUGUCUAUUAUUUAUCACAAUUGUUUUACUUGUGCGAGUUUCUAAAAGGAUAUUUCACAUUCCUCAAACUAGCAGGAUGAGUCUAUGAUGAGACAUAAUCCAUUUUACAAGUAUAAAAGGUUCUCAGUUUUAAUUAUAACAAUAACAUAUAUUUUUAAGUAAAAAGUUGUGUAUAACUGUGUGGCUUGAAUUAUCGUUACAGGUAUUUCAAAUGUGUUUCAGAAUAUGGGACAGUGUUUGAUUUUUUUUAAAGUGCUUUGAUAAAAUUGAAGCACCAAACAAAUUAUGGGUCACGGGUGUUAAUAUUAUACAUGUGUACAUGAUUUUAUUCACUCAAAGUAUUAUCAGUUACUGUUACUAUAGAUUUGCUAGAUGUACACCAAAUUGUUUUGUAGUACUGUCCUUUUAACAUAUGAAUUAUAACGCUCAUUUCAUUUUGUAGAGUUUGUGUACAUGGUGUGUGUGCUUUGUUGAAUCAAGAUUUGUAAUGUGUAAAUCCGUUCAGUUUUAAUUAUUUUACGAUAUUAGAUAGUUUUGUCGAUGCGGCAUAUUUCAUACAUAUGUUUAACAUUAAAAUUUCUAAGCACACAGAC